GUCGUUCCGAAGCACGGGUCGUCGCCUGGCGCAUUGAGGUGAGUACAAGUCAUAACUGCGCCAGCCCCGACUCCCGUGGGCCGUGUUGGAAGAUGAACUCGUUGAAUAUCCUAUCUUCCCGAGUCAUUGGCCAGACAUCCAAUUCGAGUCGUCUCCGACAAAGGUCGCGCUCGCAAGGAGAAAUCGGCCCCGUGGUCCCACCGGAGGAUCGAUCCAAGCUUCGGUCUUAUAGUCACGACAAUCUUCAUUCGCCUGAUGUAUUGGAGAAAAGCCAUAACAAUACUCCCGGAAUUUCUUCAGCGGACAUAGACUACUCCGAACAUAUCUUGACUGAGAAGACACCUUUGAUACAAAGCAUUCAGAGAGAUGGACCGCUUGCUACGAGGAGUACCCUGGGACUGAUUGCAGAGCGUUUCUUUGACGCCAUUGCGGAAACGAUCAAGUUUAUCUUAUCAACUCUGGCUGCUCCGGGCGUGUUUAUAGCGCAGUGCUUUCGAGACGAUGAUGGACAUUACUCGCCAACGGCCCCGGUACGAAAGCUGCGGCGGUCAAUGGCCGGCGUUUCCGCUUCCCGUAGGUCAACCUCGGCGAAGAAGGAACCCAAACCAACCGGUACAAGACGACGUAGUGGAUCCACAAGAAAGCUGAGAAGUCACGUAUCGCGAGAUUCUAUCGCAUCGAGCACGUCUGAGUCGGAAGGAGAUCGUCGGAGCACCCAGGGCCUCACGGGUACUCGGGCUCGAGCCUCGAAGUCGAAAACCACAGCCCUGGAUCCGACUGAAGAAGAGGGUACCCCUCGCCGCUCUAUCCGCAUCAAGUUACAUAAUGAAGGUGCGCUGAAGCGAGAGAGGCAGCGCCGGACGCAAAGCGCAGAUCUCGGUGCUACGCCGGAAACUGGUGCGGCCGGAGGACAAGGUGCUGUGAGUCCAGACACUCUCAAAUCACCCACGUCGCCCUCCGUUCAUAAAGUCACCAAAUAUCCUCAUUCUCCGGUGCCUCCUCGGCCGCUGAUUCCAGCUCGUCUACCUUCGUACACUGCCGCUCCCCGAAACUCACGCGCCCCUCAAAAGACCCUGGUACUGGACCUAGAUGAGACUCUUAUUCACUCCCUAGCCAAAGGCGGUCGCAUGUCCAGCGGCCACAUGGUUGAAGUCAAGCUUGCUACUCCCAUGACUACUGCUCUAACCCCGGGUGGACCCCCGACUACAUUAGGGCCGCAACAUCCCAUCCUCUACUACGUUCAUAAACGGCCCAAUUGCGACGACUUUUUACGAAAAGUAUGCAAAUGGUAUAAGCUGGUUAUUUUCACCGCCAGCGUCCAGGAAUAUGCGGACCCUGUCAUCGACUGGCUCGAGCAGGAACGCAAGUACUUCCACGCACGAUAUUACCGCCAGCAUUGCACGUUCCGCAAUGGCGCAUAUAUCAAGGACCUCAGUUCUGUGGAGCCUGACCUGAGCAAAGUGAUGAUCCUGGACAAUAGCCCUAUGAGUUACCUUUUUCACGAAGAUAAUGCUAUACCAAUUGAGGGCUGGAUCAAUGAUCCCACAGACAACGGUUUGCUCAAUCUCAUCCCUAUGCUUGAAGCUUUGCAGUAUGUGACCGAUGUGCGGGCAUUUCUGGCACUGCGAAGAGGGGAAGGAGAAAUAUAAGCUGGAACAGCAAUUAGGAAAUGGACGCGGGAACAAACGGAGCAAAAUGAAAAUUAUACAGGAUUUUAAAGUUCUGGCACUGAUAUACUGCAUUCUUACUCAUUAUUCUCAUUCUUCCUGUAAAGCGAGCCGAUUUCUAUCAAUGCCCAUGAUGAAUGCCUAGCAUUAUUCAUACCCCCCUGCCUGUGUUGUGCUUUCUUAUGAUUAAGUUACUUCCUCGUAAUAAUUAAUUUGUCCUGCGUUCUCCUUCUAUACUUGUCCUGUCUGCAGUUCGAUUCCUUUCCUUUCCUGCGGUCCAUGUCGUUCAGCGUUCUGAUUCAAGUCUCGAUGACGAGGAAUAUCAACUGUGGUAUU